AUGUCAACUCCAAAUUUUCUCUUUGGAAUCGCAAAGAAGUGUUUCACCGUAGGGCUGAUAAGCCUCACAAUAUCUGAUCGUUAUGUCAGCCUUAUCGCCAUUCGCGGCUCCUCAAUGUCUCCCACCUUCAACCCCCAGGACAAAAUAUCCGCUGCAUUUACUAUGGAUGACUAUGCAUUGGUUGAGAAAUUUUGCCUAGAGAAAUACAAGUUUUUGCCUGGUGAUGUGGUGGUUUUCCGUUCCCCAAGUAAUCAUAAACAGAAAAAUGUAAAGAGGAUCACUGCUUUGCCGGGUGACUGGGUCAAUAUCUCUUCUUCAUAUGAUGCUGUGAUGAUCCCUGAAGGGCAUUGUUGGGUUGAGGGAGACAAUUCAGCUUGUAGUAUGGACUCAAGAUCCUUUGGCCCGAUUCCUCUCGGUUUGGUUUGUGGACGGGUUACCCAUGUUGUCUGGCCACCAAACAGAGUAGGUAAACUUGACAGAAAAGCCCCCUUUUCCCUCAUUGCUGCUGAGGAAGACUUCAUUAUCAAUAUUAGUUCAAUGGGAAGGCUAUUUUUGAUCAAUCUUGAAGGGAGAAUAUAUACUUGCAAGCACUGCCAAACCCAUCUUGCUGUUUAUUCUGAUCUCAUCUCCAAGUCUUUCCACUCCAGGACUGGAAAGGCUUAUCUCUUUGAUAAGGUUGUGAAUGUGACUACUGGGGAGAAAGAAGAGAGGAUGAUGAUGACUGGAGUGCACACUGUUGUUGACACGUUCUGUGUGCGGUGCGGCUCACUUGUGGGAUGGAGAUACGACAUUGCUCAUGAGAAAAGCCAAAAGUACAAGGAAGGAAGAUUUAUCCUCGAGAGGUUUAAGGUGUUGGGACCGGAUGGAAGCGCGUAUUCAAUGGGUCAUGAAGACCAGAUAUCUGGAAGUGAAGUUGAUGAAGUUUGA